AUGGCGGCCGGCUGGGCAGGGGACAAUGGCACCGGGCACAACUCCUCCUCCCCUGAACCGCUGCCCGCCCUGCACGUGCUCCUGCCGGUGGCCUAUGCCGCCAUCUGUGCCGUGGGGCUGGCCGGCAACGCGGCCGUCAUCUGCGGGGUCCUGCGGGCGCCCGGGGCGAGGACGGCAACCCACGUGUUCAUCCUGAACCUGGCUGUGGCCGACGUCCUCUUCACCCUGGUGCUACCAGCCAGCAUCACAGAGCUCCUGCUGCGGCGCUGGCCCUUCGGGGGGCUCCUCUGCAAGCUGGUGCUGGCGGUGGACCACUGCAACAUCUUCUCCAGCGUCUAUUUCCUGGCCGCCAUGAGCCUGGACCGCUACUUGGCGGUGCUGGCCGCCACGCGGGCCCGGCGCCCAGCCAGGCGCUCACCACGGGCCACGCGGGCCUGCCUGGGCGUCUGGCUGGGUGUGGGGGUCGCAGUGCUGCCCUUCCUGGCCUUCGCCGGGGUCUACAGCGACGAGCAGCAGGUCCCGCGCUGCGGGCUGAGCUUCCCGCGGCCUGAGGCAGCCUGGGUCAGGGCCAGCCGCGUCUACACGCUGGUGCUGGGCUUCGCGCUGCCCAUGGGCUCGCUCUGCGCCCUGUACGCCGACCUGCUGCGCCGGCUGCGGGCCCUGCGGCCCCUCCCAGGGGCAAAAGCUCUGGGCAAGGCCAGGCGGAAGGCUACCAUGCUGGUCCUGGCUGUGCUGGCCGUGGGCCUCCUCUGCUGGACACCCUUCCACCUGGCCUCCGUGGUGGCCCUGACCACAGACCUGCCCCAGACACCCCUGGUGGUUGGCAUCUCCUACGCCAUCACUAGCCUCAGCUACGCCAGCUCCUGCCUCAACCCUUUUCUCUACGCCUUCCUGGACAAAACUUUCCGCAAGAACUUCCACACCGCCUUCCGGUGCCAGGGGACUUGA